GCUUUGGGGCCGGGGCUGGGGGUGUUGCUGGUGGGCAGCCCCACUGUCCUGGGGGUCUGGGGGAACAAAGACUGCAUGGGCUGUCCCCGAGGAGCAAGCAGGCUCAGGGUGUCGCGGCUACGCCUCGGUGACCUCUUGGGCUCGCUGCUUCACGUGGUUCCAGUAUGUUCCAUAAGGAGACCAUGGUCGCUUUUAGGGAAAUGUCCGAAAAACUAAGAAGAUGCAGAAAGGAGCUGACAGCGGCUAUUGACCGCGCCCUCGAAGGGGUCAGGCGUUCCCAGGAGCCCGGCCUGGCCACCGGCACCCAGGCUGUGCGCGGGGCACCCCAUGGGGGUCGAGAGAGCCCGGACCACGUGCUGCCCUGUGGCCCGGGGAACACCAAGCCGCAACCUGUGUGGCCUCGGAGGAAACCCCUGAGCAGCAGGGAGAAUGUGCUGCUGCACCCCUCCGUCUGGAGAGCCGCAGGAGACGCGGAGAACUGGAGGGAGAAAAGCUUCAGGAAAGAUGCAGAGGGAGAUGUUAAAGCUGACUCAAACUUGCUACUCAGCAGUUCCAGCCAAGAAGUCACCAAGGACCUGCUUGAUAUGAUCGACCACACAAGUAUCCGAACUAUUGAAGAAUUGGCUGGAAAACUAGAAUUUGAAAACGAAUUGAACCGCGUGUGUGGUCACUGCCAAGAUUCACCCUUCCAGGAGGAAGCAUGGGCCCUGCUUCUGGAUGAGAGCCCUCUGAAGGUCUCAGAUGGUGACCCCGGCAGCCUCAAGCAGGCUUUUGAUGAUCAGAGUAUCAUCGAGACUGUUCUGGACUUGGAAGAAGACUACAACUUAAUGACCUAUUUCAAGUACCAAGCUGAGUAAGGAGAGUCUAGUUCAGCUUUGCUUCUUUACAGCAGGAGGCUGCCUACAUGGAGCCUGUGCAGAGGCAGCCACAGUGGUCACCCAAGGCCGUGCUUGUCCCAGGGCUGCAACUCCAGUCACCAAGCCCCUUUUUACUUUGUUACUUGUGUUCUUUCAGCUGAGAGCCCAAUCUUUGUAUUCUGUUGCUUUGAAAUGUUUCUUACUGAUUUUUUUGACUUUUGAAAGUUUCUUUUUGAUUGAUGUUCAAUAUAGCCAAUACCCACACCCAGGCAGGUGUGAGUUGUACCUCUA